CACUAAUCCAUCUGAACAACAGACGGGACAGAGACUCUGAGAGAGAGAGGAACAACAACUACAGGAAUCACUUCAGAUCCUCAUCAUCCUCAUCAUCUUCAUCAUCCUCAUCAUCCUGAGACUUCUGCACACCUGCACAGAGCCAGGUACCCAGGAGGCGGAGUCUUUCCCUGAAGCCGCCGCCCACUCCACACCCAAACAGGGCGGGGGAAGCCACACUCACAGCUCAUUGGCCGAGGAUUCGUCCAGUCUGCUGUCAUCGAGCAGUCGCCUCGCUCGCUCGCCGGCCAGAAACGCUCUGAGCUUCAGAACCAUGCAGAGCCGCGUCACGCUACUGGACGGCUCGCUGUUCACCUGCACCGUGGAGAAGCGAGCUCGUGGUUUUCAGCUGUUUAAUAAAGUCUGUGAACACGUCAACCUGCUGGAGAGAGAUUACUUCGCUCUGAGCUUCAGAGACGCUGACAACAACAAGAACUGGUUGGAUCCAUCAAAGGAGAUGAAGAAGCAGGUCCGAGGCGUUCCCUGGAAUUUCUCGUUUAACGUGAAGUUUUACCCCCCCGACCCCGCCCAGCUGUCUGAGGACAUCACUAGGUACUUCCUGUGUCUCCAGCUCAGACAGGACGUUGUUUCUGGGCGGCUCCCGUGUUCCUUCGCGACUCACACCAUCCUCGGCUCCUACACCGUCCAAUCAGAGCUCGGAGACUACGACCCCGAAGAGUGUGGCUCAGAUUACGUCGCUGAAAUCGGUUUUGCUCCGACUCAAACUAAAGAAAUGGAGGAAAAGAUCAUGGAGCUGCACAAGACAUACAGAGGAAUGACUCCGGCCGAAGCAGAGAUGAACUUCUUGGACAAUGUGAAGAAACUUUCCAUGUACGGAGUCGACCUUCAUCACGCAACGAUGGUAGGAAGUCGCUUUGACUGUUUGCCUUCAGCUAAGUCAGAGGACUCAGAGGGUGUGGCCAUCAUGCUGGGCGUGUGCAGUAGUGGUCUGCUGGUCUAUAGAGACCGACUGAGGAUCAACAGAUUCUCGUGGCCAAAGAUCCUGAAGAUCUCAUACAAAAGGAACAACUUCUACAUCAAGAUCCGCCCCGGGGAGUUUGACCAGUUUGAAUCAACAAUUGGUUUCAAGCUGCUGAACCACCGAUCAGCUAAACGACUCUGGAAAGUCUGCGUGGAGCAUCACUCCUUCUUCAGGCUGAUGUCUCCAGAGGAGACCCCGAAGAAGUUUCUUUCUCUGGGUUCAAAGUUUCGUUACAGCGGUCGGACUCAGAUUCAGAGUCGCAGAGCGAGCGCUCAGAUCUCCAGACCGGCUCCGCACUUCCCCCGAACCAUCAGCAAGAGGAACGUCCUGAGCCGCAGCCUGGACGGAGAUAUGGGUUCGGGGCUGUACGGAGCGUCUAGAGCCAUUGCUAUCAGUGACCUCAUCACCACGGUAACGCCUGAGAGGACGAUGGACGAGAGGAGGGCUGAGCAAGUGGAGGAGGUGCAGCAACAGAAGGAAAGGAUGGAGGAAGAUAAAGAGGAGGAGAGGAUGGAGAAAGAUAAGGAGGAGGAGACCAGAGAGACAGAGAUUUCUCAGCAGAGUCCUCCGACUCCUCAGAAACAGGACACCAAGAGCUCUAAGGAUAUGAAGGUUGCAGAUGUCCCAGAUGUUGACUUACACACACUGUCUUUAUGUGUUCAGACUGAGCUGACAGACACCGUGCUGGACGGAGAGCUGACAGCCACCGAGUCUGAUCAGGAUGAAGACUUGAAGACUCAGGAGACCUUGGGGAGUCCAGAGGAGGACCAGAAGCCUCAGAGCUCCAUCAGCGCUCUCAGACGCUCCUUCUUAGAGGACGCCGGAGGCAGCGGAGGGAUGACGGAGUGGGACAAACGUCUCGCCUCCUCGCCGCUACGACGAGUCGACGACUCGCCGAUGAUCGAACCGCUGGAACCAGAUGAGGAGGGCGGGAUCACAAACAGGGCUCCUCCUCAGCCAAUCAGAGAGAAGAGCUACACCGUGGGGCGGAGCUAUGACACUGCCUCCGGAAAGGUUGUCACCGUGACAACCGCAGACAACGUGCAGGUCUGCGUCAUCCCUCUGUCCACCGCUGAUGAUGUCAUCACCAGGGGACCGCUGGUCACGAUCCAGGAGGUGAAGACGCCGACCUCGCCGUCGGAACCGCCCCCCAGUGCCUGGGAUGGUGAUGUCAUCGGUGGGGUCGGAGCCUCCGUUCCUCCUAAAUUUGCUCUGGAUGAGCUGAGGCUAAGCCCCGCCCCCUCAGCGGGUCACCUGACUGGCAGGAAGUCGCCCGUCUCGCCCAGAGUGCCUAAACCCACGUUUGAUGAAAUGUCUCCUGAGCUGACUGCUCUGCUGAACUCGGCCAGGGAACAACAAACCUUCAGAGAACACAAUCUGCUGAAGACGUCGGAGACGGAGACGCUCUUCCUGUUGACGGAGCCGUGUGACCCGGGACAGCCUCAGGAGGUUCCAGUGAUGAGGAAGACUCUCACAUACGAAGCUCCAGGGGUGGACUCUGAUCCUCCGGCAGGUUUGCUGCUCAGUUCUCAGAUCUUCACCGCAGAAACCUCCAACACCACGACCACCACGCACAUCACCAAGACAGUGAAAGGAGGAAUUUCAGAAACCAGAAUCGAGAAAAGAAUUGUGAUUUCUGGAGACACAGAAAUUGACCAUGACCAGGCUCUGGCAGCGGCGCUCAGCGAGGCGCGGCGGCAGCAUCCGGAGCUGUCGGUCACACGAGUCGUUGUCCAUAAAGAAACCGAAGUGUCUCCUGAUCAUGUGAUCGAUUAGUGACAUCACAGGACUAAACCCAGAAGAACCUGCUGCAUUCUGGGACUUGUAGUCCAGACUAAUCAACCAACUGUUGAGUGUUUUCAGCGACACCCAGUGGACAAUAAAGGAACUGUAGAUCUACACACACACACACACACACACACACACAGACACCCACACACACACACACACACACACACACAGACACACACACACACACACACACACACACAGAUACCCACACAGACACAUAUACACACACACACAGACACACACACACACACACAGACACCCACACACACACACACACUCACACACAGACACACACAGAUACACACAGAAACACACACACACACACACACACAGACAGACAGACCUGUCUGUCUGACCGGGGGCGGGGCUUCAGAGCUGUUAGCAUUAGUUUGAUAGAUUAGAUAAGCUUCAUGACGCCAUUUUCAGUCACAUUUAAAACGACAAACUACACACAGACAGAAAGACACACACACACACACACACACACACACACACACACACAGACACACACAGAGAAACACGCGCACACACAGACAGACACACACACACACACACGCACACAUACAGACACACACACACACACACACACACACACACAGACACACUAACGUCUGUUGAAGCUGGCGAAGCCGACACGUGUAUCAGGUGUGAUCCAGGAUCUACCAAACUUCACCUGCUGCUGCUUUUACUUCCUACUUAAACAAGCCCCGCCCCCACACACACACACCUGACAUCUGAUUGGUUGGCUCAGGUAUAUUUAACCCUGAUUGUGGGACAGAGAGACAGCAGCUUUAUGAAGCAUUCAGUAAACAGUUUGCAUCAAAAUCUCAAAGAGCGUCUGGCUUUACUAUCUAUUAUUCAUACCUUAAUGUUAAUGUUAACAGCUUUAAUUUAUCUGGCUCUUUCCUGAACAUUUCUCUCUUUCAGCUUUCUGUUUCAGAGACUUUAAGAACCAGUUCGUUAUUAGUUCCUAAUUCAACCACCGACUGCAAUUCCUGAUUUAAGACAUUUGAAAGUUCAUCAGUUUCUGCCAGGAAUACUGUUUUAUCAUCAGCGUACAUGCUGACUUCUGCCUGGUUUUAGGGUCAAAGGUAAUUCAUUUCCAAACACAGCAUAUAACAACGGGCCUGGACAGCUUCCCUGAGGAACUCCACAGCUGAUUGGCUGAUGGGUUUUACAUCAGAGACACUUACACU